AUGAUUAGAAGUUAUAGAUCAAUUAGUUUGCUUAGACGUUUCCAUGCGUCGAGUAUCACGCUAAAUGCUGAAAUUGUAUCAGGUACUAAAUUGGCUAAAAGUAUUAGAAAUAGUAUAGCGGAAAAAGUUGUUAAAUUUAAUCAAGAGAAAUUCGGAAUUGAUGAUAAACUUAAAUUUAAACCAAGUUUAACUAUAGUACAAGUUGGUUCAAGACCUGAUUCUUCAGCGUAUGUUAAAUCUAAAUUAAAAGCUGCAGAAGGAUCAAAUAUUCAAUCUAAAUUACUAAAAUUUGAUGAAAAUAUACCCCAAGAUGAUUUAAUUGAAGAAAUUGAAAAUUUAAAUAAAGAUCCAAAAGUUCAUGGUAUUUUAAUUCAAUUACCAUUACCUAAACAUAUUGAUGAAACUUUAGUUACAAAUUCUGUUGUUACUGAUAAAGACGUUGAUGGAUUUGAUCAUUAUAAUGUUGGUCAAUUAAACAAAAGAGGUGGUCAACCAUAUUUUAAACCAUGUACUCCAAAUGGUAUAAUGCAAUUAAUAAAGACUACUGGUAUCGAACUAAAAGGUAAAGAUGCCGUUGUAAUUGGUAGAUCCGAUAUAGUGGGUACCCCCGUCGCUACCAUGUUAAGGAAUGAAGAUUGUACAGUUACAAUUUGUCAUCGUCAUACAAAAGACUUACCAAAAGUUGUUGGAAAUGCUGAUGUCAUAGUUGCUGCUGUUGGCAUACCCGAAUUUGUCAAAGGUGAUUGGGUGAAAGAAGGUGCAGUUGUUAUUGAUGUUGGUAUAAAUUAUAAAGAAGAUCCUACAGCGAAAAAUGGUAGGAAAUUAGUUGGUGAUGUUGCAUUUGAUGAAGUUGUUAAAAAAGCCAGUUUUAUAACUCCAGUUCCAGGAGGUGUUGGUCCAAUGACUGUUGCUAUGUUAUGUUCAAAUGUUUAUGAUGCAUCAUUGAUCCAUGCUAGAAAAGCUCAUGAACAUGCAUUUAAACCAUUGUCAUUAGACUUGAAAUCACCAGUUCCAUCAGAUAUUGAAAUUUCAAGGGCACAAAAGCCUAAACAAAUUACAAGGAUUGCAUCAGAAUUGGGUAUAUUAGAUAAAGAAUUAGAACCAUUUGGACAUGUUAAGGCAAAAGUUGAUCCAAAAGCCGUUAUUGAAAGAUUAGAUGAACAGGUUGAAGGUUCAAUUGAUAAUAAAGGUUAUUAUGUAUUAGUUGCAGGUAUAACACCAACUCCAUUAGGUGAAGGAAAAUCAACAACAACUAUGGGGUUGACUCAAGCUUUAGGAGCUCAUUUAAAUUAUAAUUCAAUUGCAAAUGUUAGACAACCAUCAAUGGGCCCAACUUUUGGUGUUAAAGGUGGUGCUGCCGGUGGUGGUUAUGCACAAGUUAUACCAAUGGAUGAAUUUAAUAUGCAUUUAACUGGUGAUAUUCAUGCCAUAUCAGCAGCUCAAAAUUUAUUAUGUGCAGCAGUUGAUACUAGAAUGUUUCAUGAAGAUACUUCAAAAACCAUUUCAGGUUUUUAUAAAAGGUUAGUAUCUUCAAAAAAAGGUAAAAGAACAUUCACACCAUCAAUGUUGAAACGAUUGGAAAAAUUGGGUAUUAACAAGACAAAUCCAGAUGACUUGAGUCGCGAUGAAAUUGUUAAAUUUGCAAAAUUAAAUAUUGAUCCUGAUUCAAUUACUAUUAAAAGAGUUGUUGAUUGUAAUGAUAGAUUUGUUAGAGAAAUUACAAUUGGUCAAGGUAAAAAUGAAGCAAGCAAAUAUCCUCCAAGAAAAACAGGUAUGGAUAUAACUGUUGCCAGUGAAUUAAUGGCAAUUUUAGCAUUAUCAACAUCAUUAAAAGAUUUAAGAUCAAGAGUUGGGAAGAUUGUUGUUGGUACUCAAAAAGAAACAGGUGAAGCUAUAACUGCUGAAGAUAUUGGAUGUGCUGGUGCAAUCACUGCUUUGUUAAAAGAUGCAAUCAAACCAAAUUUAAUGCAAACUAUAGAAGGUACCCCAGUUUUUGUUCAUGCUGGUCCAUUUGCUAAUAUCUCAAUUGGUGCAUCAUCAGUUAUUGCUGAUAAAUUGGCAUUGAAAUUAACAUCACCAUCAAAUCCAAUUAAUAAUGGUGAAAAAGGUUUUGUUGUUACAGAAGCAGGCUUUGAUUUCACAAUGGGUGGUGAAAGAUUUUUCAACAUUAAAUGCAGAACAUCAGGUUUCAAACCAGACACUGUUGUUUUAGUUGCUACUUCAAGAGCAUUGAAAUUGCAUGGCGGAGCUCCUGAUGUUAAGCCAGGUCAACCAUUACCACAAGAAUAUGCUAAUGAAAAUUUAGAUGUUUUAUCUAAAGGUUGUUCAAAUCUAGCAAAACAAAUUUCAAACAUUAAACAAUAUAAUGUACCAGUUGUAGUUGCAAUAAAUCAAUUUGAAACAGAUUCUGAUGCAGAAAUUAAAUUAAUUCAAGAAAAAGCAUUAGAAGCAGGUGCUGAUUUUGCUGUACCAUCAAAUCAUUGGGCUAAAGGUGGUGAAGGAGCAAUAGAAUUAGCUAAAUCAGUAGUUGAAGCAGUAAAGAAAUCAAAUGAUGAACAAACAUUUUUAUAUGAUGUUAAUGAUUCAGUUGAAAAUAAAUUGAAAACAAUUGCAUCAAAAAUGUAUGGAGCAAAAGAUAUUGAAUUAUCUCCAUUAGCCAAAAAACAAAUUGAAACAUAUACAAGACAAGGUUAUGAUAAAUUACCAAUUUGUAUCGCAAAAACUCAAUAUUCUUUGAGUCACGAUCCAAGUUUGAAAGGUGUACCAACUGGAUUCACUGUUCCAAUUAGAGAAGUUAGAUGCUCAGCAGGUGCUGGUUAUUUAUAUGCAUUGGCAGCUGAAAUAAUGACAAUACCUGGUUUACCAACUCACGCAGGUUUUAUGAAUGUUGAAGUUGAUGACGAGGGAAAUAUAGAAGGAUUAUUUUAA